CAUGGGAGGCCUCGAUGGAAAGCCGGGGAAGGAGCGGAAGGAGCGCGCGCAUGCGCAGUUGGCGCUCGGUUACUUCCGCCGUUGGCGAAGGAGGCCGAGGGAGCUUUGGAGACUAGUUUCCUUGGCAACAGACGGAGGAAAGAUGAAUUUCGACGCGGCGAUACUCUAGGUUCCGUAGUUGAUGGUGGUGGUGUGAAAAUGGCCGCGUUGCCGGGAACCUCCGCUGGGCCUCCUCCUCUUCCGGACCCAGGGGCUGCGGUGUGGGAGUGGCAGGACGAGUGUGGGCACUGGAGACCGUACUGCAGCGGCGUGUGUGGCUACAUCGAGCAGUCCUUCCAGGCCCUGUCGGCGAAGGGCCGGCGCUCGCUGGGGACCUGGCCCUUACAAGGCAGCAUCCCCUUGGGGCAAGCAGACCCCGCCUUGGCCCCCUACGUCAUUGACCUCCCCAGUUUGACGCAGUUCCGACAAGAUACAGGCACCAUGCGCUUGGUGCGGCGGCACGUUUUCCCACUGGAUUCGGCGGCCGGGCAAGGCGUUGUGUGGGAGUGGCAGAACGACGAAGGCGGCUGGUUCCCGUACGAGAUGAAUGUCUGCGUCCACCUGGAGCAAGCCUUCGCCUUCAAGAGCCCCCAGGUGGACCUUGGUCCUUUUGGAUACAACUAUGGGAUUGACUUUGCUUCGCUCACCCAGACCAACAAAGUGACCGGCUACCAACGGCGCAUCCGGAGGCGCCUGGACUCACCCUACCCGAUGGCCACGACUGCGGGACUGCCUCCUGUUCCUCUUGCUCCUCCGCCUCAUGCAGGACCGCCGUGUUCAUGCCAGCAGUGCCUGCCCAACAGCGGGCCUGGGCCAAUCGCCACCCGAUACCGGCACUCCAUGCUCAACCUUCCCGGCCCUUCUGCUGGGAGUGGACCCCGGCCCUUUGCUGGGAUGCAGGGGGUCGCUGGCAGGACCGCGGGGCUGGGCCAUUCUCCGGUGGGCUUUGUCCCUUACAGCAAACCCAUCCUUUGUGGAGCUCGGUCGAUGCCGAAGCUGAGCGUUCACAGUUUGGGGGCGGCACCGCAACCACCUGCAGUUGGUGGACCGAAUCCACUGCAUGGCGCACCCAAAGCGGUCAGCAUCCCAAAGCUCCCCGUCAGCAUGUCCAGGCCCAGCAAAGUGAGCCAGGCCCUUUCAGGCAUGAUGGCCUUUCUGAUGUCCAUCCCGGGACUUCCGGUGCAGCUCGUCCAAGCCCAAAGAGGCUCUCGGAAGCGCCCCGCCGUUGUUAAGGGAGGCAAAGCUGUUGCCCUCAGCCCCGAAGACGUGGUCAAGAAAUAUGUGCAGGAGCUGAAGCCGCCUCCCGCCGACGAGGACUGCAUCAUCUGUAUGGAGAAACUGAGCGCUCCGUCGGGAUAUAGCGACUCCUGCGAGAGCCAAUGCCUACAGCCGGAGAGCGUUGGGAGGCUGGACCGCUGCGGCCACACUUUCCACCUGCUCUGCGUUCUGGCCAUGUACACCAGCGGCAACAAGGAUGGCAGCCUGCAGUGCCCGUCCUGCAAGACCAUCUACGGGGAGAAGACGGGCACGCAGCCCAGCGGGAAGAUGGCCGUCUCCAUCCUCCCAGAAUCCCUCCCGGGGCACGAGGACUGCGGCUCCCUCGAAAUCAUGUACCUGAUCCACAAGGGCAUACAGGGUCCGGAACAUCCCAACCCGGGGCUGCCAUUCACCGCCAGGGGCUUCCCUCGCUACUGUUACCUCCCGGACAAUGAGAAAGGACGGAAGGUGCUGGCAUUGCUGAAGCUGGCCUGGCGGAGACGGCUGAUCUUCACGGUGGGGACCUCCAGCACGACAGGCGAGAGCAAUACCGUGGUCUGGAAUGAGAUCCACCACAAGACGGAGAUGAACUCCAACCUCUCGGGCCACGGAUACCCGGACCCCAACUACCUGGACAAUGUGCUGGCCGAACUGGCCGCUCAGGGCGUCACGGAAGACGGCUUGAGACCCUGAGACAAAGCGGGCAAGAAUGGCUUUGGAUUCCUCGCCCGCCACGCCUCUGGUUGCCUUAAACCCUUUUGCCCCGUUCCUCCCGAGCAAUAGAAGGUUUACACAUGCAGAUCUGUAAAUACCCACCCACCACGUUUCUUUCAUUGUAUAAAGCAAACAAAAGAG